ACCAAAAAUACUAUUGUGUUUCUUUUUUGUGUUGUUAUUGUGCUGUCUCUGUAUCCCGUUUCAACCGCCUUUUCCGCCGUCACUUUUCUCCACCGCCGUUGCCGAUGUCUACCAUCGAAACGGAGAUGGAGCCAUUAACAUCAGGAGCGAGCAACCGUAUAAUUCCUCUUCUCAAAGCCUUCAGAGCCUCUCUCAUAUUCGUCUACACGUUCUUUCUCUCGUUCCUAUUGUUCAUUCGUCCUCGUCUCUCUUCGCCGUCGUCUCUGACGGCGGCACCGUCUUCUCCGAGGAAACAUCUGAAGCGAAAAUGGUUGGUUCGAGAAGAAGAGGAUACGUUUAGGAGAAGAGCGUUGGCGCAAGACGUUGGAAUGGGUCAUGAUGACGGUUGUUGCCGGUGGAAUACUUCGAUUUUCUAUGGUGUUAGAAACAACGCUUUGUUUUGCCGGUCAUGGUUUCCGGUUACCGGUGAUCUUAAGGGCAUUUUGAUCAUCAUUCAUGGGCUUAAUGAACACAGUGGAAGAUAUGCAGAUUUUGCUAGGCAGUUAACAUUGUGCAACUUUGGUGUCUAUGCAAUGGACUGGAUAGGUCAUGGAGGAAGUGAUGGAUUACAUGGUUAUGUUCCUUCUCUUGAUCAUGUGGUUGCUGACACAGGAGCUUUCUUGGAAAAGAUUAAAUCAGAGAAUCCGGGGAUACCAUGUUUUCUCUUUGGUCACUCCACUGGAGGUGCUGUGGUUUUGAAAGCGGCAUCUCGCCCUCAUACUGAAGAGAUGGUGGAAGGAAUUAUAUUAACCUCACCGGCUUUGCGAGUGAAGCCAGCUCACCCAAUUGUUGGUGCUGUUGCUCCUAUAUUUUCUCUGGUAGCUCCAAGGUUCCAAUUCAAAGGAGCAAACAAAAGGGGCAUUCCAGUUUCGAGGGAUCCAGCAGCAUUGGUAGCGAAGUACUCCGAUCCACUGGUCUACACAGGACCUAUAAGGGUCCGAACUGGGCACGAAAUACUGCGAAUAUCUUCUUACUUAACGCGAAAUUUCAAGUCUGUAACAGUACCAUUCUUCGUCUUGCACGGAACUGCGGAUAAAGUAACUGAUCCAUUGGCAUCACAAGAUCUAUACAAUAAUGCACCUUCGGAGUUCAAAGACAUAAAGCUUUAUGAUGGGUUCUUGCAUGAUCUUUUGUUUGAACCUGAGCGUGAAGCGAUAGCUCAGGACAUUAUCAAUUGGAUGGAAAAAAAAUUAUCUAGUACUAUAUGAAAAUGUCAAUUAUGGAAUGAAGGGUUGAUGGAAUAGUCAACACCAAAAAAAGGGGGUGCCAAAUGCUAAAGUUGGCAAAUGUAGAAACUGAAGUCGCCCCGAAGAGGGGGUGGCGAAAGCAGAUAGGUUAUUCGUAUUUUAUUUAGGUGUUGGACAUAUAUUUAUAGAUUAUAUAUUUAAUUAUUUAUUAAUAUUAUUAUUAUUAUUAUCAUUAUGUGUGGGGAUCGUUGUUCCAUUGAGAAAUUUGUAAAUGCAAAAUAUUCUUUAAUUUCAAUGGUUCUUUCGUGGCUCCGUA